GGUCCCGGUAAACCUCUCCUAGCGGUAUCGAUUACUGCCUUCAGCCUAGUCCUAAGACCUAAGCCCAUAAUCGUAGGAGAGCGCAGAAGGUCUGUAUUUUAAGCGAAUUCGGCUACAUUUGUUGCAAACAAGCGAGAUUGAUGAGGUUGAGUCAUACGUGUUUACAAGUUCAAACGUACUACGCGACAGUUUACUUAUGACAACCACCAAGUGGUAGGCUUCAAUAGCUCAUAUUAUUAUCACAAAAGACUGCAGCCAAAUUCCGGUGCGAUUCCAGAUCUUGUUGCUACCAUUCUCCGACUGCUUUACUGCUGCUGCUACAACACAACACAGGCGCUUCACUUCAAUAUACAUAUGAUACAGAAUAUGAUGGCUGAGGAGGAAGAGGUUACUGUCGGGCAGUGGGUACGUGUGCGUUGGGAGGAUGAUCAGUUCUAUCUGGGUUCCGUGACCAAAGCCACCAGCGGUGACAACACUGAUGCCGUGAUCGUCAAAUUCUCAGAUGACCGUGAAGUAGAGGUUCCACGAAGUGAUGUAUACGUUGUGGGAGGGUCGCAGGAUAACGGGGCCACCACUGACUUCAUGGUGAUGAGUGGGGGCGACUCUGGCUGUCAGUUCCGCACUGAGGUCCAAGCCACGGCGAAAACAUUGGAGGAGGCAAAGGUCGACUGGACAAUACCUGCUGCUACCAUCGAUAGGCCCGCAGGACCAAUGACACUACGCUCGCAUGGUGACGAUGCUGGUUUGUAUCCAGUCCAACACAACACAUCGAGGCUUCACGCCACCCAGUAUGACGUGGAUAACAUCAACACGAGGGUCGUGGGGACCGUGUUGAUCAAGACAGAGAAUACCGUGGCUGCGAGUGCCAGCACAGCUACUAGCUCGUCCAUCAGCAAAACUGAGGAACUGAUGGCCGCAGAAGUGUUGAGUACGCUAUCCAAUCUCUCCUGUGACGGUGCAGUGACUGAUGAAAAUGGCAUUGCCCGAGUGAACAGUGAGGAAGAAAAGGGCGCCUCAACCGCAUCCACCGUGGCUUCACCAACCUCGGCCAACGGCCAGAAGCUGAGACCUCUUAUGAUUAAGAACGGUAAACAAAUAGCCGAGAGACGUACAGUGAGUUCGACUUUGACGCUGGCGGCGAAGGGAUCGAAUAGUAAACUGGAUGGCACCAAACCUUUAUAUUGCUGCUUAUAUCAGACUUGUCAAAAGGAAUUAGGGACGUAUGCCGGUAUGAAGAAGCAUAUCACUUCCGUGCACUGUAUAACACAGUAUGUGGGAAGAUACAUGACCAAGAUUACGGAGAAAAAUGCGAGCUUACCGCUUGCGAGGAUUGACAAGGUGCCUGAGGAUGUUAAUGCAGGCAUCAAGUGUCGAAAGCGCUAUGGCGUAGCCGAACGAGAUCAGUGGUGUGCCAAAUGCCGCUGGAAGAAAGCGUGCGAGCGAGUAUGAAGGGGUCCUUUGCCCCACAAGCACGUACUACAACCGGGUGAAGAAUGCUUUCCCCAACGUCAAUUUAGUUUAGACGGCGAAGUUAGUCGUGUGCAACCAAGUUCCAGUUAUCAGACGGAGUCAAGACAACGAGACGGCGUGAACAGGUGGUAGGUGUAGCAUAGUCAUCUGGCCCCGUGACCCCGUCCUUCACCCAGAAAAAAUCCCUACGGUCCUUAUUUGGAAUUUGGGGCCACAAACUUUAGGGUCAAAAAGAUCCAUUUUCCAAGUUUUUAGGUUCUGUCACCACCAAAAUCGGCAUAUUUGUCGUAAAAUUAGAGUCAAUCACAUGUACAAAAACUUGCUUUGGCGGGUGGAAUGUCCCCUCACAAACAGUAUAGCGUUACCAAUGUUUCUGGUCUAUGAGCUAUACAUUUCGACAUGAUCAGUACUGUUGACAACACUGCAUCCCCGAAACUCGAUGAAUAUAAGUGGUUUCAAGGUAUCGAAAAAGUGUACAUUCUUCUACGAACCCCAACCCAACCCAACCCCCCCGGUGAGAAUCCGCGCCCCGUGAAUUUAAGAAUAGAGCCGAUAUAUAAUGUAAAUUUAAUUUACAAUUUGAUAUUAAAAGAGCCUAUACGCAAAAG